UAGAAUUAGGAAAAGUUUUUGUGGAUCUGGAUUGAGGAAAACGUUUUGUUUACAGUAGAAUUCAAUCACAAAAAGUUAAAAAACACCAAAUUAGACGAAUGGAAUAUUUUGAAAGAGAAAAAUAAAUUAAACUUAGAGAACAUAUUGCUAAUGAUUUUUUCUAGAAGCACAUUAAUUAAAAACCGGCAAAAUAAAGAAAAUAUGUCAAACUGCAAGGAGGUUAGAUAAUUCUGAGAUUUGGGUCAAAAAAGAAAAUGAAUUUUUGUUGUCCGAGACCGUUUUUACCCUAUUUUUAGAACGUUUUGCCACAAUAUGUAACUCAGAUUUUUGUAAAAAUACGUUUUAGUGUUUUUCACACAUUCUAAUGUGUGUUGUUUUAACCAAAUAAUUCUACAAGUCAAUAUAAUAUAGUGUUUAUAAAUGAGUUUUAAGAGUGAAAAUAUUAACAUGGAUGGGGAUUCAAGAGAAAAUCUGGAAGAAGAAAAACAUAAAGAGAUAUCCAGGCAAAUAGACGUUCAAAGUAGAAAACUAACAUGGUCAGAGCUUCGAACUGUAGUCAGUGAGUUACGCAGGCAACUAGCAAAUUUAUCUACAAUGAUACCGACAUCCUUUUCAUUUAGAACUUUACCAGAUGGAAGGACAAGGAUAUAUUUUCUUAGUACACCUCACAAUGGUUGGGAGACAACACUUCUUUUUACAGAUAUACCAAAUACCAAACAGCCUGGGAGUUUAAGACUGCAAUGGCAAUGUGUUCUCGAAGCAAAUUUUCCAUGUGUCACUUCUUGUUCAAGAUCGUCAAGGGAAGAACAACUGCUCUGGGAAAGAAAGAGAUUAGCUACAUGGGGCAUAAACAGUUACGAAAUUCAUGAAGAUUCUGGAAAAAUUGUUUUUCCAGCUGAUAGCAGCUUGUUUCAGUGUGUUGAUAGCGGAUUCACGCAUGGGCAAUUAUUUCCGACCAAACUUAGAAUGACGUCAUCAGGUGCAAAACUUAAUCCUCAAAUAUGCCCUACUAAUCCUGAGUUAGUAGCAUACAUUUGUAAUCAUGAUAUCUGGGUUACACACACAGUAUCUGGGAGUAAUGUUAGGAUAACUUAUGCACAUAAAGGCGGAAGAAAUUUAGCGGAUGAUCCUUUAAGUGCCGGUGUGCCAUCUUAUGUUAUGCAAGAAGAAUUCUGCCGAUAUUUGGGUUAUUGGUGGCAACCAAAAUGUAUAGGGGGUGUAUAUAGAAUAAUCUACGAAGAAGUUGAUGAUGGUGAUGUAAAACUCUUUUGCUUUCCUUCCUCACAGUCGGAUACAGGGGAGGUGGAAGAAUUUCGAUUUCCCAGAGCUGGAUGUCCUAAUUCAAAAAGCUAUCUAAAACUUGUAGAGUUCAAGUUAAAUGAACACCUGCAAAUUGUAGAUUUAUGCCUUUUGGAUCUGCAGUUCUCUUUACGUGCAAUGUUUCCGUGGAUCGAGUAUAUGGUUAGAGUAGGUUGGACCCCAGAUGCGGAAUACAUCUGGGUUCAACUUCUGGACCGUCGUCAGCAACAUCUAGAACUUAUUAUUCUUUCACUCAAUAAUUUUAGUCCAGAUCUUCCAUAUUUUAGUCAUUCAAGUCAACAAACUGUUUUAUCGGAUGAACCAGUAGUCCAAGUGAUAUACUCCCAAGAGUCGCAAUAUUGGAUCAACGUUCAUGACUUGUUAUACUUUUUGCCUUCUAACGAACACGAGAUUAAAUUUAUAUGGGCAAAUGAAGAUUCUGGUUAUAGACAUUUAUAUUUAGUAACAUCACAAAUUUCUGCACUCAAAAUCACAAAUGGAGUUACGGAGAGCAUUCAGCCCAUAGAUUGUGCUCCAAAAAUUCUCUCAAAAAUCCAACUAACGAGUGGCGAGUGGGAGGUUCUAAGCCAGAACAUCUGGGUUAAUCUGGAUAAAGAAUUAGUUUAUUUUAUGGGGCUUAAAGAAACUCCAUUAGAAAAACAUUUAUAUGUGGUAUCACUAAAAAAACCAGGAGAGGUAAGACUGUUAACGAGGCCGGGGUAUUCCUACGCAGUGGAAUUCAAUAGGGAUUGCUCUUUAUUGGUUACGGUAUAUAGCAAUAUACAGAAGCCACCGGCGUGUCAAGUUUUUAGGGUUGAUGAGAAUGAGUGGACUGUAGAAGGGGUUACCCUAACGCCUUUGGGUUACUUGGUAGAAUCCCCUGGUGCUAUAUGUGAAAUGUACUCACCUACCCUUUACACAUAUGAGAUACAUUCAGGUCAGAUAUUAUAUGCCAUGGUGUUCAAACCCCAUAAUUUUACUCCAGAUAAGAAAUAUCCUACAAUCCUAAACGUCUAUGGCGGACCGGAGGUUCAAUUAGUUUCCAAUACAUUUAAGGGUAUGCGACAAUUAAGAAUGCAUAUGUUAGCUGCGAGAGGGUACUGCGUAGUUGCAAUAGAUUCACGGGGUUCUCAACAUCGUGGUAUUCAAUUCGAAGGUUUCAUUAAAAGCAGAAUGGGAACUGUAGAGCUUAAGGAUCAAGUUGAAGUUCUAAGGUGGCUGGCAGAUACGUUGGGUUACAUUGAUUUAAAUAGGAUUGCUAUACACGGAUGGUCUUAUGGAGGAUAUCUAAGCCUAAUGGGUCUUAUCCAGUACCCCGAGGUUUUUAAAGUGGCUAUAGCAGGUGCUCCAGUUACAAACUGGAAUCUUUACGACACUGGCUAUACGGAAAGAUAUAUGGAUUUGCCAAGUCACAACUUCGAUGGCUAUCAAGAGGGAUCAGUGUUAAAAUAUGCGCAUAAGUUCCCUGAUGAGGAAAAUCGCUUAUUAAUCAUCCAUGGCUUGAUAGACGAAAAUGUACAUUUCUGUCACACGUCUCAAUUGAUAAAUUGUUUGGUAAAGGCGGGUAAACCAUACCAAUUGCAAAUUUAUCCGAAUGAGAGACACUCAUUGCGCCACCUGGACUCCAGUAAACACUACGAAACAACGUUUUUAUCGUUUUUGCAAAAUUAUCUUUAGAACAAUGUUUUUUAAGUUCAUGUUUUGGAACAGUUCAGUAUAUUGAUGGCCGGUUCGCCUACAGGUUUCUAAAUAAUAUUGAUUGGAGCGAAUAAUGUGAUCUAAAUAUUGUCAAAAUAUUGUAUUAAUGACAAGUACAGUUUGGACCAUAAAUUAACAUCCAGCUAGGAUUAUUAUUUUAGUUGCCAGGAAAUAAAUACAUCUGCUCUCUGCAUACAUUUAAUUACUAGAUAUAUUUAAUAAUUUUAAGCGGAAAACUAUGUUUUUAUUAUGUGGAAAAUUAUUUUAUCCUAUAUGUAUCUUACUUUAUGGUCGGUACUUAAGAAGUAGCAACUGAUAGGCAUAAAAAUGAAUAGGCAAUGACAGCUGGAAAACUUAUUAGAAUAACGCAGUGCGUUUGAAAAUGUUUUUUUCAUUAAAUUAUUUUAUAAUAUGUUUUAGAUCUCAAUAUUAAGUUAAAAAUUCAAACGAAAUUGUUUUUUAAGGUACCAUUGUUUUUCGAGUACUAAAUGUUGAUAUUUCUCUGGACUGGUAAUAUCAUAUUUAGCACCAUAAUUAUAAAAAAUUAGUUGUUAUUUAAUUACAACUGGUAUUGUUUUUUAUCCCUCGAUCAAUUACCUAUAAUGAUCAUGUUUGAAUUACAUGAUUUAUGGUAUUAAUUUACGCAAUUUUUGUUAAAAAGUACGAUAACUUUUUUAUUAACAUGUUAAUUUUGACAUCGAUAUUUUGCAAAUUUA